GUCAUGGCGACCACGGGCAUGCAGCUGCUGGGCCUAAUCAUGUCCCUUGUGGGGUGGGUGGGUGGAGCGGUAGUCUGUGCCAUGCCCCUGUGGCGGGUCACUGCCUUCAUCGGUAACAACAUAGUGACGGCUCAGAUCAUUUGGGAAGGCCUUUGGAUGAAUUGCAUUGUGCAGAGCACGGGUCAAAUCCAGUGCAAGGUGUAUGACAGCUUGCUGGCGCUGCCCAGUGACAUGCAGGCGGCCCGAGGCCUCACCGUGUUCUCCAUCCUGAUGUGUGGCCUGGCCCUGGCUCUGGGGGUCCUGGGAGUCAAGUGCACUAAGUGCAUCGGCGUGAACAGCGUCAAAGCCCGUGUUGCUCGCAUUUCCGGCGGCCUCUUUGCCAUCGCAGGCUUCCUGUACCUUGUACCCGUCUGCUGGACUGCCCACUCCAUCAUCAGGGAUUUCUACGAUCCACAUGUGGCGGCCCCACACAAGCGCGAGCUUGGCCCGGCCCUCUACAUUGGCUGGGGUGCCUCUGCCUUGCUCCUCAUUGGUGGAUCUCUGCUCUAUGCCGGGUCAAGUCCCCCGGGCAUGCCAGGCUCUCCCACCUUCAGCAGUGGAGAAAGUAGUCCUCGCAGGGCACCCGCCUCACAGGUCAAGGGUUAUGUUUAAGUUUCCAAAAUGUCCAAAUACCUUCAAAUCCCACAAAUGUACCCCAAAUGAAGACAGACCUGUUUCCUCUCCUUUUCAUCUUGCUCCUUGUAAUUAUUUUAUAUUUAAUGUUAUUCAGGUUAGUUUUUUUCUCUGAGAGGCUGAAAAUUGAACUUAUUUUAUUAUUUCAUACCUGAUAUUCUUCAAUAACCUUGUUAUCUGUCUGUCAGUGUUAAACACAAUAAAGGUUUUGGUCGUCCAAAUUCUCUACUGAGGAAAAUAAUUUGUGUUCACAUUUUUAAAAUGAUCAAAUAUGAGACUUAACAACUAUAUGUGAUUGAAAGACGUAUUAUAGUAGUUUUAAUUUAAAAAAUGCUCUUUUAUGAAAACGCUACUAUGUGGUUACACAGUGGGGCAGAACAAUAGAACAAUGGGUCUGUGUGUACGUAUGCUUGUGAUGCCAUAUUGUUGAGAAGUGUGUGUGUGCGUGGUCCUCCAUUUUCUAUCUCCCAUCGCCUGUUCCUUGCACCAGAGAAAAAAAACACUUCUCACUUUCAUAACAAUAAAAUCCUGGGAUUCCGUCAGUCAAUGACAAAUACAUCAAACCAGAGCUUUUUAACACAAGGUAUCUCAAAGUACCUCCUACUCUUUGUCACAUCGGACAAGUCGCCCCAUCAACAAUCUUGGAUUUACAAAUGUAUAAAAUUAAAAACAAGGAAACAGAUCCACACAGGAUGUGCUGGUAUGUAACAUGUGUGUGUCAAAGUAUAUAAUCAUCUACAGAGAGGUUUAAAACCAAUCCAAGUGACUUAAAACUAUUACAGACCACUGCACUUUGGCUAAUGUAAUGUUCUAAAUGUCCUUUUCUCGGCUACAUGCUAAUAAACUAAAUUAACUGCAUAGAAAGUUCA